AUGUUUGGCUCAUAUUGGUUUUCUUUGAGCCCAAUCAUAGCUCAAAAUCAAGGUGGUUUACCUAAGUGGGACACACUUGAUGAAAUUAAUGUGCUGGUGGAAAUAGCGACGAUAUUUUUGCAGGGAAUUAUGAAAGUAAUAAAAGAAGUGUUUGAGACUGAUGAAAAUAUCAAUGAUGAUAUUCUAGCCGAACAAAGAGCAAUGGCUGUCGAAGAAAAGGUUUUGUGGAAUCUUUCCAAACUACAAAAACCAUUCAAAUAUAUAGUGACGUGCGUGAUUCUUCAGAACAAUGGAUCUGGCUUGUGCAGUUCUGCAUCUUGUUUCUGGGAUAACACAACUGAUGGUAGCGUGACUGUUCAAUGGGAAAGUUCACUGAAAUAUUGUAUUGUCUCAGUGUUCGGAUUAGCCAUAUAAUCAGAAGAAAAUGUUGUUGUCAAGCGUUGAA